ACCGGAAGUGGUGUUGCUCCGGGUCUGAACACUUCCUACUUCCGCAAACACCGCUCCCUCCGUGCGGCAGCUUCUGUCCGUUUAUCGCUUCAUCAAUGCGGCGGUUCGCGGCUGCCUCCUGGCUCCUGGCUCCGGUUCAAACCCUCCCCAGUGCGGACAUUUAUGACUGAUUGAUCGGCGUCAUGACGGCCAACAGCCGCUGUUCCGCUGCGGAGCCUCCGGGCCUGGAGACCCAGCGGCGGGAGAUCGAGUCUCUGCUGCGGGAGUGUGAGCUCUGUGCUGGGGACAGUUGGUACGUGGUGGAGCAUCGCUGGUUCGACCAGUGGAAGGAGUUUGUGGAGACUGGAGACCAGAACUCGUCGUCCUUCCCCGGUCAGAUCGACAACACAGAGCUAUUCGAGGAUCUGGACUCGUACCACGUGAAGGAGCGUCUGGUGGAGAAUGAAGACUUUGUGCUGGUGCCGGCGGAGGCCUGGCACAAGCUGCUGGUCUGGUACGGCAUGGUGGUCGGUCAGCCGCCGCUGGAACGCAAGGUGGUGGACCUGCCCAGCACUCUGAAGGUGGAAGUUUACCCCGUUGAGAUCUUUCUCUGUCUCCAUAGCAACAUGGACAACGUCAUCACGGCACAGUUCAGCCGCGCCGACAACAUACAGUCGAUUCAGAGGGCGAUGUGUCAGGCCUUCUCGGUGCCUCCGGGCUCAGAGUGUCGUCUGUGGAUGAAGAGUUCAGACAGCAGCUGCGAGCGUCUCAGGAACUUGCACGUGAGCGUGCUGGACGCCUGUUUGAGCUCAGGCAUGACGGUGAUCAUGGAGACGAGGAAUGCUGACGGCACCUGGCCGAGCUCCAGGCCUCAAAUCAUGAGGAACUCUGUGGAGGAGCAGGACUCGUACCGAGGACAGUCUGGAGUCUGCGGCCUCACCAACCUGGGCAACACCUGCUUCAUGAACUCUGCUCUACAGUGUCUGAGUAACACGCCUCCUCUGACCGAGUACUUCCUGCAGAGCUCCUACCUGGAGGAGCUGAACUUUACAAACCCUCUGGGAAUGAAGGGGGAGAUCGCAGAGGCCUACGCUGACGUCAUCAAACAGAUGUGGUCGGGGAGGCAUUACUCUGUGGUGCCACGAGUCUUCAAGACAAAGGUGGGUCACUUUGCGUCUCAGUUCCUCGGGUACCAGCAGCACGACAGUCAGGAGCUUCUGUCCUUCCUGCUGGACGGACUCCACGAAGACCUGAACCGAGUCAAAAACAAAGAGUACAUUGAACUGCGGGACGCUGAGGGACGACCUGACCAGGAAGUGGCCGAGGAGGCGUGGCGGAACCACCGCCGGCGGAACGACUCGGUGAUCGUGGACACAUUCCACGGCCUCUUCAAGUCCACACUCGUCUGUCCCGAGUGCCACAAGGUCUCUGUGACCUUCGACCCCUUCUGCUACCUGAGCGUCCCACUUCCUGUCAGCAAGGAGCGCGUCAUGGAGGUCUUCUACGUGUCUCUGGACCCUUACGCUAAGCCCGUCCAGCAUCGUGUUGUGGUUCCUAAAGCAGGAAAAGUGUCCGACCUCUGCUCGGCUCUGUCAGAGAUGACCAGCGUUCCUCCCUCACAGAUGGUGGUAGCGGAUGUUUUCAACCAUCAUUUCUUUAAGAUCUACAACUCUGAUGAGUCUCUGAGCUGCAUCCUCGACCGAGACGACAUCUUUGUGUACGAGCUCAGCGUGCAGGAGGAGCAGCAGGAGGAGCAGGUGCUCCUCGCUCUCUACCUGAGGGAGCGCUCUCACUACAGAGACUACGGCUCCGGCAGCAGCUCGUACGGCACGUCGCUGUUCGGACACCCGCUGCUGCUCGGCGUGCCGCGCAGCAGCUGCAGCCAGGAGGCGCUCUACGACCUGUUCCUGCAGAGACUGGCGCGCUAUGUGCGACGUCCCGACCCUUCUGAGGAGUUGGAGGAAGAGGAAGAAGAUGACGAUGAAGAGGAGCUGUACAAGACUCAGACCAACGGCAUCAGUGACGAUGAGCAGCAGGAGGAAGCAGAGCGAGUCGAACCGUCUCAGGCUCAACUCUCUGAAGAUGCUCCAGCAAACAGCCAAUCAGACGCCACCGCUAAGGUGGACCCCCUCCCUGAACUCAACCACACGCAGCCCUCACAGGACCACAAGGAGGCCACCAACGGGUCAGGCAGCCAGACGGAGCUCCUCAACAGCGCCGAGGCCAACGCCCCCAACUGCACCAGUGAUGAGAGUCUCUGUGGAAACCCGAGCAGCACCGCCGACGCCACCUCAGAAUCGCCGGCAGAUCAAACGCCACAGCCCGGGCAGACCGCAGAGGAGGAGAGAGAGGAGGACAAGCAGGAGGAGGCGUGUUCUCCCAGCCCGCUGACCAUCGAACAGUCGACCAAGAGGAGGGCGUGUCCUAAGAGGAGGAAGAGUUUGUUCACCAUCCAGGCGGUCAACUCCAACGGGACGACCGAGAGAGGGAUGGGAGAGGGAGGGAGCGCCGUGUCCUUCAGCUCUCAGCCUUACGUGGCGAUCGACUGGGACCCCGACAUGAAGAAGAGAUUCUACAAUGAAAACGAAGCUGAGAAGUACGACAAACACGCCAGUAUGGAGGUUCCUCAGCAGCAGACGACCGUUCAGCUGCAGGAGUGUAUCGAGCUGUUCACCACUGUGGAGACACUGGAGGAGGAGAACCCAUGGUACUGUCCGGUGUGUAAGAAACACCAGUUGGCCACAAAGAAGCUCGACCUCUGGUCUCUGCCGGAGGUUCUCAUCAUUCACCUCAAGAGAUUCUCAUACACCAAGUUCACCAGAGAGAAGCUCGACAGCAUCGUGGACUUUCCCUCAGGGACCUGGACUUCUCCGGCUGCCUCCUGAGGAAAAAGGUGUCCAAUGGGGAGCCUCGGAGCUGCUAUGACCUCAUCGCUGUGUCCAAUCACUACGGAGGACUCAGAGAUGGACAUUACACCAGCUACGCCAAGAACAAGGACAACGGGCAGUGGUAUUACUUUGACGACAGCAAGGUGACGUACGCCAGAGAGCCCCAGAUCGUG